UGAAAACUCGGACUCCUCUCCGCUCCUGCUGCUCUCCCAGUGCUCGCCACAUUUUUCAGCGGGAGAUCCCGAGGGACGAUUGACCUGAUUAACUCCUGUGACGUGCGUAAAGGGCUGGCGUUACUUGUCCACUAGAUUGAGCCACGCGAGGUGUGAUCGCUAGCUUCGGAGUUCCAUGAUCUUCAUGGUGAUGGACCCCAUGUGCAGCCAGUUUCUGCCAUAAUGUGGCUAACCGCAUUCAUUCCACCUUCACUUCGCUUCGAAGCUUGAGCCACCUCCAAUCUUUUUGCGAGCCCCAGGGCCCGCAUCUGGUGCUGAUUGCUAGCCCUGGCCCCGCUCGUGCGCUCGUCCGCCCAUGGCUUAGAUCACCAUCGGCUCACUCGCCGCGAAGGUAAUAUAUCUCCCUGGUGUGCUCGCCAGGCCAGAUGUGUCCCUUGCUCCAGCCCCGAUGACCACCAUCAUGUGACGCCGCAGCUUCUUGCUGCGUUGCAUGGGUGUUUCUUAUCAAGGUCCGUUAUUAUUUUGAAUGCCGCCAAGGGAAUCCUCGGGCACGCGAUUCCAGUGGAGCCUCCCCAACCAUCUUAGCAAGUGUCCUACGCAGAGUAUUGUCUCUUCUGGUUGUCUGAAUCACAGCAAAGCUUAAUAGGCGUUGCCUUCCCUCGAGGCUCUCGAUAACUUUCCAUUCCGUUGCCUCCCGGGCUGCAACAUGAAGUUAUUCGGGUGGGGAAAAUCCAAGGACCCUCAGCCGCCACUUUUACAGCAAGUCAAGAAAUCAGCAGAUCCAUUCGCGAGGAGUUGCAAUGGCAGGGACCGUGGCACAGCGGGCAUGGGGUCGUUCAUGCCUCUCAAGGGUAAUAGUACUGGAGUCCGCAAGCAACAGGGACUUUUCGAUGUGGAGCAGGAGGAUUAUCUCCUCGGCUGCGCCACAACGAAGCCCAAGGUCAGUAAUAUUGAUGAUCCGGAUUCUGACAAAAAGAUAGAAGAUACAUUACAGUUUGUAUUUAGCCACGAGCGGGAAGGGCUGCUAGCCAUUGGGACAUUCGCCUUGGAGCAGCUUCAGUCGAUUCGAAACAUCAUCGAUGCGCAUCAGAAGUCUGGAGAUCAUGAUGGAUACGAAGCUCCCAAUGGCGCUUCUGCAAUGGACAGUGACAUGAUGCAAAGCUCCGAUGACGAGGAUCAGCUGCAACGCAGCUGGCUGGCCGCUAGGAAAACUUGCGACUUGCCCGUAUUCGGAGAUGUCGAAUCAUCAAGAAUCGAGUCUGAACCAGAACGAGCACCGACAGAGGGGCGAUACGCGAGCCCUAAUCAGUCCAAGGCCCUCACCCUCUACGACAACGGCAAUCGGACGUCAAAUGUGGCCGUGAAACCCAUCGUCCUCCUCACAUCUUUGCCUCCUGAGCUUCGGAGGAUACUUGAUCCCGCGAGCGCUUUGCUCUACGGAAGGUCGCAGUUGCCCGACCUUGUGCCGCACUGGACCGAUUCCGUGCCGCCUCCAGUAGUAGCUAAGGUUGAGGGACGCUCCCUGGACGAGGUCUACUACUCGUCUCAUCUCUGCGGGCUCCUCAAUUUCAGGAAAAAACCUCAGAAAUCUGACAGGACUUUAGCCAAGCGAUCAAAUGCGCGAGAAAUCGUCCCUACUCCCGGCGAAGAGAAGAAAUGGAUGAUCCCUAUUGAGCGCGCUGAAGACGAAUUAGCAAAGACAUCCUUCAUGAAGACCUUGGGAUCCGCUGGACUACCGUCUCUCGGGAAGCUGGCGAAGCUCUGGAGGGCGACAUGCAAACAAUCAUCUGCGAGGAUCGCACCCGAAAGGAAACCGUGUCCACAACAGGCGUCAAAGGAUCCGCUUGACAUUCCAAACGAAGAAGUUUUUACUUCUCCUAUAGUGAAGCCCUCGAGUCGGUCAGGCCAGCUUUCGAAGGGCGCUUGGAGCCUGAAGGUUGAGGAGUUCAGGAGAAGAGCGCAAAGGCAUGAGAGGAUGGUGAAUACAUCUAUUGCUGAAUGCUCCCCCAGUCGGGACGGUUCGGGACACUGGAUCAAGACCGAUGAAGACUUUGUGGUACUUGAGAUGUGAAACAACCAUAUCUAGUUUUAUUCAACAGGAGCGCUCCCACUUCGGCAGCCCGAACGGUCUAAGUGCUAGCCUGCUUGUGCGACUCAAACUGAAGCGUCAGUGGUCCGAAUCGUUCGACUAGGAGCUCGCAGUGUUUCCGACGUGCGACCCGGCGUGAAUCAACCAGUGUGUCCCCGACAGACGACGUCGUCGUUGUACAACUCCAGCCGAAGCUGGGAUUGUGUCUUUGGAUAUGCAUCUUAAGCAUUUUAGCUUGGACUAAGAAUCUAUCCCCUAUCAAUCGAUGUACUAAAAACCAAAAGGAGGGGCUGUGACGAAGCCCACGUUGCAUUUCAAAACCUGCGUCCUCUGCCUAAACGAUGAAAUCUUCAGCAAUUUAAUUGCUGGAUUGAAUGUGGAUCGAUCCACUGCGCUGAGUCGAGUUCCACGCACUGCCGAGCGACAUCCGGCGUGCUCAACUUGUUGGCCCUUGCAUGGCCAUCUCGUAGGUUAACAUCCCCAUAUUGACACACAUCUGAUCAGGACAUCACUAAACUUUACAAAGCUGGUGGUACAUCGGAGCUUUGGCAAUUCGGCGUUUCUCUUUUGUUCUUAUUUACUAGGUUUCAUAGAGCUUGCCUACAUCCUAGUGCUCUCUCCGAACGUGUUGGUGAUGAACCUCAAUUAAUUGUACAGUUUAUCCAUUUCCAGGUGGGCCUACCCCCCAUGCUGAAAUAAUAAUGUUGUACUUGAUCCUUGCAUGGUCUAA